CCUACACGGUCACUUACAGACAAAAUUCCGCCAACAUUUUAAGGUUGCACAACUGAAUUACGCGGUGGUGGGUGUAAAUGGGGAGCAAAUUUUAAAAUAUUUCAACAAGAGUUCAUUUACGGUUGUUUCUAUGCACCAACGAUGCUGACUGCCAAAGUCUGCACAGUGCUAACCCUCCCCUCAUGUGGGACAAUUGCAUGAAGAGCUUUUCACUGUGUCCCGAAGGUGAGAGAAGGACAUCGGGCCAGAGAAUGAGAGCUGAGACAUGUUCUCUCUGAUUUCGCGUGCCAAUGAGGAGGAUCAAGUGUCUUUGCGUCAUUUUAUUUUAAAUUAUGAAAUCUCGUAAAACACAGAAAAAAGUGUCAAUACGUGCAUUUGGUUUCCGGUUUGUGUGAAGCUUUUUGGAGUGUCUUUUCCCAUCUGGAAGCGUUGUCGUUCCGGGCAGAGGAGAUUCAGUGACAACUCUGCGGUUUAUUAAACCCCAUUGUUCUACAGCUGAUAAACAGGAAGUUGUUUCUGUCAGAGAACGAAAGGAUUAUUCAUUUACCUGUCACCUGGAACAUCACCAGUACAAUUCUUCACCUUGAAACGAUUUAAAUCAGUGUGACUCGUGUUGCCUUUGAAAAAGCCCAGCGAGCGCCUGAGAGAGUACAUUGCUCAGCACCUCCCACAUAGCUUUCUGUGACAGCCUAGAAAUGCACCAUUGUCGCAGUUUUCACAACGAUCCGAUUGAAGUCAUUUGACAAUUAACCUCAUUCACGGCGGCUGCGAUGUAAAGAGAAACACAAAUUAUAGAUCGUUCAACAGGCUUCUCUUUGGACCAGCUGAACUAGCUUCACUGAAGAUGAGACGGAACUUGAAAGUCAAGGUAUACAUUCCACACUGCAGUGCUGCAAAUUAAAGGAUAAGAACAAUUUAGGCUUAAAGACUGAAGAAGAAAACAUUUGAACAUACCAGAUGAAUGAUAAAGGAAGACUUCAAGAAUAUUGUGACAGGUUCAUUAUGAAAAUAUUGGAGAAUAAGACCGUUGCCUGUGCAUCUUUUAAAUAUAUCAGAAAUUCAUGACCUAAAGACACAAGUUAGAAUCCUCUGAGUUUUGCUCAAUGAGGAGGUGACUUGUAAAUCAAAUUCUGGUAGUCAUUUAUGCAAACAGCCACUUAAGUCCUAUCAAGGGAGCAAGCAUCAUCAAUAUCAGUAUGUUUUCUAAUGUUAAUAGCUAAUUAUAAAUACCACUAAUGCAGAAAAUAAAAAGCCAACAAUCUCAUGGGCCCAAAACUGUUUGUAUUGCAAAUAAAAAACAGCAUAAGACAGUUGUUGUGGAAUCAGCUAAAGAGGAAAACAGAACAAAGGGCCAGAACAAUAGCUUGGAACUGUUACCAGGAACUGCAACGUACACAGAUCCGCUCAGUGACAGGGUGCUGAACUGUAACAUGCAUCUAAACAGCACUAAUUCAGAGGAGACAAUUGAGUGUGAAACUGACAUAAAGCAAAUUGGUGGGAUUGAGGAAUGUUAUGCAAGUACAGCCACUGCAGUAGCUCCAGGGAAACAGUCACCUUUUGUAUCACUUAGCUCUUCAGGUUACUGCUCCGAACUGCAGAGGCUGUCUGUUAAAUCACAUGCAGAAUCUACACAUGGAGAUAAAAUGGAAACAGAUAAGUGGGAGCAUCAGUCUGAAUCACAGUCAUUGGGCAUCAACACAGGUUGUGGAGAACAUUCUCUGGGAUCACCUGUGGAACAAGAAUUUCCCAAAGACGUGACGUUGUCAUAUUGUGUUAUAAGACAAAAAUCUCGAGUUUGCGAUUCUGAGCUUCAGGAGAGCGCAAGAAGGAGACUGUGCAUUCUAGAAAGUGAAAACAAGGAUAUUGUAGCAUUGUUUAAUGAAUUGUCAGCAAGACUAUUAUCCAUUCUCGCAGAAAAGGAUCGCUUUAUUCUCACCUUUAAAACUGUGGAAGAAAUAUGGAAAUUUACAACUUAUCUUUCCCUAGGAUUUGUUGGACGAUGUUUGGAGAAUUUGUUGUUCGAUCAACAUUUCUGGUUGAAUGUUUCUCUUGUGGAAGAUGUAAAGAUUCAAGUUGAAGUGAAUGAAGCUGAUUUGUCAAUGAUGUAUUUGGAUCUUCUAUUACAGGAAGGGCCCUUCUUCACUAGAAUCCUAUCAAACAUUCUUAAGAAUGAAGAGGAAGACGUGAGCAUCUGCAAAGAUGAUCUCAUCAUGCUCAAAGAUAUUGGAAAGAACUUAAAAUGGGAAGCAACUUCGCUUUCGACCAAUGAAACAGGCCUUCUUCCGGUAUCUGCACCACAGGCUCUUCUCUACCCUUUUUACCAAUGGUUCCUGAAGGUCAGAGCAGGAGACUUUAAUGGAUGUAAAGAAACUAAACAGCAACAUUUUGCUCAGUCAAUUGGUACUGGUACCUGUAUUGCAACUGUGGAUUACAAAGAGGGUGAGGCGGAUGAACUGCGUUUCGCAAAAGGAGAAAAAAUUCAGAUAAUUGGCUUCCUUCUUUCUAACCUGCAGUGGGCUUUGGGAAAGUCUUUAAAUUCUGGAGAAACUGGGUUUGUCCAAAUAAGACACAUGCAACCUGACCAAUUCAAAACACUGGAUGCUCAUCUCUUGUUCUUAAGUGAUGAAGAAAAAUCAUCUCUGAUUACCUUUAAAAAAUCUGAUGAACAACAUUGCAUCAAUCUCCUGAAAACACUCUGCCAAAGCGACAUCAGUGCAGUUUAUCGUUUAGAUAAAUGUAAAUUGCGAGAGAUAAAGUCAGAAAGUGAACAGGGAGAUCGCCUUCAUUCGGCAUCUGCAAACCAUCUCCCUUCUGGUCUAGCUGGACUUGUUUGUGGAAGGAACAUUCCUGACAUAAAUUCUUCUAAAUCUAAGGAAUUUCAAGAAUUUGUUCCAGAGCCAGAUCAACUUGAUGAACCAAAGUUCUGUAUAGAUCUUAAUCAAGGAGGCCUGGGUGAUCCUGCAACCUUUGACCCUUUACUACUAUUCCUAAACCAAGAAGAAUAUAUAGUGCAAUUCAAACAAUUCUAUGAUUUGUCCUUUUCCUUUGUAGGGUCUACUUUAUAUGGGGUAACUGAAGAAAAAGAAAUUUUACAGUAUUUGGAAAUGGCAAGAGAGAUAGCCAAAAGAUACAACAAACAUUGGGCUUAUUCCAGAAUCUGUUUCCUUUUAGGAAGACUUUGUGCUAAAAGACUCAGGUUCUCACAGGCCAGAGUUUACUUUGAAGAAGCAAUGACUCUGGUGCAAGGCACAUUUUCUGACUUAUAUCUAUUGACUGCUUUGUACGUAAAUUUGGCUUCUGUGUACUUGAAGCUAAAAAUGAAAGAGAAAUCUCAUAACCUUGUUGAAAAGUCUGCAACUCUUCUCCUGUGCAUCCCAUGCCAUAUGUUUAGCUCGGAGAAUGAGUUAGAGAUACUUAACAUUAUACUUAAAAAAGCAAUGAUUGCUGAUGAUUAUCUCCUGGAGGCACGUGUCUGUUUCCUGAUGUCAAAACUUUUUUUGGAAAUUGGAAAGUCUGAAGAAAUGUUGCCAUUUGCUGAACAUUUGCAGUUUCUUUCAAAUAAUUUUGGUUCAAAAAGCAAUAUAGUCCCAGUAAAUGUGCAUUUGAUUUUAAGCUCAAUGUAUAAUAAAAAAUGCUUACCAGAACUUGCGCUAGCAGCAUUAAGACUUGCUCAACCCAGCUCAAGCAACACCUUGUUUGGUUCUUUGCAGAAAGCUGAUCUGGUCAUGGAAAUUGUCUCAAAAUUAAACCAUCCAGGGUAUUGUAAUUGUGAAAUACCAACACAAGCUGCAUUUUACCUUCAAAAGGCUUCAAGUCUCUCAACCGGUGUGACCAAUACAAUCAUUCAGAGAGACUUGUAUUUUGCUUUGGCUAAUUUAUACCAGCAAUAUAAGUCAUAUGAAAGGGCAAUUGAUUUCAUGACAAAAUCUGCAGAAAUAACAAAAUGCAUUGGUGAUGGGGGAGCUUUCAGAAUCUCUCUUUUUCUUGCCUGGUUGUAUCUUUUAAAUAAUCAGCCUGUUGUGGCGUCAGAAAUAUUGAAUUCCCUUCUGGAAUCAUCACUUCAGACACAUGGUCCUAUUGAGCAGGGAGUUGUUCAUAACAUGUUGGCAAUAUCUUUAAGAAAGAAAGGCAUGCUGAAGGAAGCUUUGGAAAACUGCCUGUGUGCAAUAAUGGCUGCAGAAGAGACUGGUAUAAAACAUAACCAAGCUAUCGCUCAUGCUAACUUUGGAUCUCUGACUCUGUGCUGUAAACAUUUAACACUGCCAGAACGCUACCUCAGGAAUUCUCUGAAUAUAUAUUUGGAAAUGCCAGACUGCAGCUUGGAGUCGGAUUGUGUUCAAGUCCUUCUUUGUUUAGGACAAUACUACGUGGACAGAGGCUUGAGGGAAGACGGGAGACUGAAUUAUGAACUAGCACUUCUCAUUGCCAUGAAAAGCAAUAGUAUUUAUUGCCAAGUUCAGGCUCUUGAACAACUCUGCAGUUUCUAUGAGAACAUUUUACAUGACAAACAGCAAUGUAGAAUAUAUUAUGAGCACUGGCUGAUGCUUUCUCAAAAGUUAAAGGACAAAGAACAAGAGAUGAAAAUAUUGAACAUCCUAAGCCACCUUCACCUGUCUUUUAACACACAGAGUUCCUACAGAUUGUCAUUAGACUAUACCAAACAGAACCUGAGGAAUUUUAUUGAUCUAGGAAUGCACUUCAAGGAAGCAGAGGCAUGGCUGUUGGCUGGAAAACUCUAUUACCUGAUGGAAAAAUAUGAACUUGUUGAGCUGUACUUUCAGGCAGCUAUACAAACAGCACAGCAAACGGAGAAUUUGCACUUUAUAAUGAAACUCAAUGAAGCAGCAGGGGAUAUGUUUUACAAUGGGCCUAGGGAGCGAGAGAAAGCAACAUCGUUUUAUAGGGCUGGGGCAGUACCUCUGGCUAGGAUGACGGGAGAUACUGAUGCAGAGCUCAGACUUUUUAAUAAAUUAACUGAGCUUAAUAUUAUGCUGAACCAUUUAGAACAAGCCCUAGAAUAUGCGAUUGCUGCUGUUAGACUCAGCAUAAAUACUGGAAGCCAACUGAAGGAACAAAUUGCUUUUUAUCGACUAGCUACAGUAUACUACUUACACCAGCAAUAUGAGAUGGCUGAGAACUAUUACUUGAAGGCAUUAUCACUCAGUCCCUACUUAUUGCAAUCUCGUGAAGAAGCAAUGUACUACAUGAAGGUUUACUUGAGACUAGGUGACAUUACACUCCACAAACUCAAGGAUGCACAUGAUGCCGCUGGCUACUUCCAUUUGGCUUUUGCUGCAGCUACUGAAAUAGCGAACAAGCAAGAUUUGUUUAAUAUUUGCACCAGGCUUGCCAACAUUUACAAGAACUACAUUGUGAAUGAAGAUCUGCAUUUGCAGUUUGUUCAGCAAGCAAAGGCUCUUAGCACUGAGCUAUACAAAUGCAAACAUAAGCCAUGAACAAGCUAAUGUGAAGUUACAUAAGAUGUAAAAUGAACUCCUGCAACAACUCCAUUUACAGCAGUGAUUAUUUGUUGGAAAGGAAUUGCUAAUGUCUUGUUCUAUCCAGAUGAAUUUACUUUCCCUUUACAUUCAAGAACAAAUGUGAAGACCAAAGACUCAUAUUAUAAGAUCACCAGGGUUAAAAGCAAAAGGAUGUUACAAACAUGUAAAUAAGUGGUAACUGGGAGAUGCCAAGUCGAAUUCUAAGAACCAGGCCAUUAAGCAGAAGAAAAGGUGGAUGGAUGGAGACGAAAUCCACAGUUUUCAGUUUCUUGGGAAUACUUUGAUCACAAUGAUUGACAAGUUAUUUUUGUUCUAUCCUGAUAACCAAAAUAAGAAAAAAGAAACAUCUAGUAGUGACAGGAUUAAUGUGUUCUUCAGAUUGUGCUAGAAUAGUCAAAAUAAAUUAGAUUGCUCAAUGCUUAUAAUAGCCAGGCAGUUAGACAGCUAGAUUAAUUUAACACAGUAUUUUGUAUAGUCGCUUAGAAAAAUUCCAAUAUUGCUGUAGACUCCAAUAUGUUUAACUCAUCAUUAGUUUUACUUUUGUAGAUGAUUCUAAAUUUUAUGGUUAUUCAAGACAAAGAUUAAGAUUAUAUAGUGAGCUUGUAAAAUUACUAAAUUCACCUUGCUAACAAUAGUAAUUUAUGAUUGCAUUAACAAGAAACUAUUGGUGCCACAGUAUUUUUAUAAUGCAUGCAAAAAUCCAUGUGAAGGUAUAUGGCUGCUUCAUAUAAAAAUAAGCUGGAGUUCAUGAUGGCCCUAUGAAAUCAGAAGUUCUUUUAAAAAACUGCCAGUGUUGGAAAAACAACAUUGCAAGGCAUAUUUACAGUAAUACAGCAUUCAUACCUCAUUCCUGACAAGGUGCCACAUCUAAACUACCUUUCUUUUCAUCUUUUCACCCAUUCUGAUUCCCAAAUAGAUGCAUUUAGACAUAUAGAAAUAACUAUUGUAAAUUUGCUCUUUUCCUGUACUCUUUCUAUGGCAAGUACAUUCCCCUCUAACUGUUGUUCACCUCUAAAUUCCUCACUUUGCAUAUGCUACCAUAUCAUACAAUGGACAAAGCUAUUGUCUUUCCUGAAGUGCAUUCUCCAUAAGGCAAGUAUUAGAGCAUCUCUUAAAAUGAGAGAUAAUAUCAUGGAAUCUACAAAGGAUUAGUAAUAAAUAUUUGACUGAGAAUAUUAUCUGCAACUAAAUUACUUACAUUUAAAGUAAUUUGAAUCUGAUUGUUUGUGUGUUGACCAUGUGGAACAGACAAAAACAUCAAAGUCUUGUAUAUGCCGUAUUAUGAAUGGAGAAGUGAAGUGAACGCAGAAAUUCUAGAGAUUUAAUAAUCAUAUCACUUUCAAUAGUAAAGAGUGACUUGUAAAGUUUAACAUACGUUAAUCUUGUAACAAUGUUCUUGUCAUAGUACUGGCAUUUUUUUAAUCAACCAACUCUGGUAGCUGUAGAAACUGCAGGCAGGUACUUUCUCUUGUUUAUUAUUGUCAACAUCAAAUGACUUGUACAAGCAUGUGUAUAAAAAUGAAAAUACAAUUUGCAGAGAAGUGAGAAUCAUGCAAACAGUGAAAAAUGUAGAGUUUUAUAAUAUUUGAAACAUAUGUUGAAUCUAUCAUUACCGAACAGUAAUGUGAACACAGUAUUUUUAUAUUAAAAAUUUUAUCUAACAAAACAAAGUUUCGUUUAUAUUUUUAUAUCAUAAGAUGGGCAACUAUUGGAAUACUACUUUCAAUUGAUAACAUUAUCAUGGCAGAAGAUUGUGCUAUUAUUAUAAUGUGAUUUUCAUAAUGUCAAAUGUAGGAUCAAUGUACUUUUCAAUGAUAACCAAUAAAUUUGAACAAUGUUCAAUAAGGUCAUAGGCUAAUGUUUGUCUCUGAUUUUCAUGAAAGAUUUGAUUUCAGUUGCACAACAAAUUGUAUUUCAGGCCAGUAACUGUACAGGUAUUAACAAGGCAGCCUGUUUGUAUUACUUCUCACAAUUAGUAUGUCAGUACACCUUUAAGUGACAUGCUGAUAUCAUCAUCGCUGUAACAAAGCACAUGACUUGAGUGUAAACAGAUCUCAGGCUCCAUCUUAAAUAGGGCCCACUUGAUGAAUGACAUGCUGAUGGAAGUACAGUACUCUUUGUAACUGAAUAGCUGAAUAUUAGCCCAGCUAUGGAUAUGUCUUUGAAUGUAAUACUGUAUACUUUAAUGAACUGUAAUAAAUAUCUGGUAGAUCUUUCAAUGCAA